AGCAGGAAGUAUCUUAUUUCCUGUUCACUUGUCUUUCUGAUGUCGAAGAUGAUGCACCGCGUACCUCUGCUGUUCCUCUGCUUCCUGCUCACCCCCGGCCCGGCUCUGGCUCUGGACUGCGCCUGGGACCCGGAUGUGGACCCGGACCAGGCUCUGGACCCGGUGUCCCUGGUCUCCACGCUGCUGCCGGGCCGGAACAACACCGUGGAGGGAUCGGACCCGCGGCUGUGCCGCGAGGCCUGCUGUCAGACCGCGGGCUGCGACCUGGCGCUGCUCGGCUUCCCCAUGGACGGACGGCCGCAGUGCAUGCUGGUCCAGUGCGUGAGGCAGGGCCGCGACAUGUGCGUGUUCCGACCCAGCACGCAGUUCAAGAUUUACCGCAAGAAGGUCCCGACCGACGCCGAGACAAAGAGCCAGGAGGGCGGGGAGGAACUGCGCGUCGUCCCGCUGGGGCUGCUGGGAGAGAUCAACGAGACAGACAGCAUCCGGUGUCGGCUGCCGAUGAAGGUGGGUUCGUGCCGCGCGGCCUUCCCCAGGUUCUACUACGAUGUGACCAAUCAGAGCUGUCGCAGCUUCACCUACGGCGGCUGUGACGCCAACGAAAACCACUUCAACACCAGGGAGGAGUGUGAGGCCAGCUGCAGCGGAGUCACAGGUUCAGUUCUUCCUGAUGAAUCGACUCCAGCUCCUGAUCUUCCUCCCAAAGCUCGGCGCCUGGCUCCCGUCGACUCCAACAAGGCCGCCGAUGACUUCGCUGAGCGCUGCGGGGCGGAGCCUGAUGGCGGUCAUUGCAGAGCGGCGUUUCAGCACUGGUACUACAACAGCAAGACAGGAAGCUGUCAGACCUUCAUGUACGGAGGCUGCCGAGGAAACAGGAACAACUACUUCACCGAGGAGGACUGCAUCAACUCCUGCACAGUCCAAGUGCUUCCCUCCAAGAAAGACGCUGAUGAUGAUGAUGAAGUCUCUGCAGAAUACAAAGAUGGCUGCAUGGUGACCUCUGACCCCGGCCCCUGCCGCGCUGCCUUCCCCAUGUUCUACUACACGCCAGCACCCCGCCUCCUGCCAGACCUUCAUGUACGGAGGUUGUCGCGGCAACAACAACCGCUACGAGCGAGGAGGAGUGCCUGAGCCGCU